ACUGCUGUUGCAUUGCAGUGCACUUGCAGGCAAAUGGUCGAUUCCCCAGUGUUUUGUUCGUCAUCCAAACCUUUGUCGUACCUGUUUCUUACUGUUCACGAGUCUUGACAUAAUGUCGGCUUUUCUGAAAAUAAUUCCCUUUUGUUGACUGUUCUUUGCAGUGUUCCUGUAUCCAUAGGCUGCUGUAAAGCUAUUCUUCUGUCAGCCAGACGCCAUCAUGUGGUGGUACAGCUUCUCCCACGUUGUCUUCCACUUCAUCCGUUGGUUUCCCAAGAGCAACCGAAUGAAAAUCCGAGUCAUCAUCGUCUUAUUUGCCUUUGCGUUACUUUUCCCUCAGUUCUUUGUGCUGACAAGGGAACACUCAUCACGCUACUGUGGCCAACAUUUGUUUGAUCAACUCAUUGUGUCCAUUGUUUUCACAUUUUGUAUGAUAGGUUUUACCAUCAUAUUCUCGAUGAUGGACCCUGUCCCGUUUGAGGUGAAGGUGGUGUUUCAUAUCUUUGGUGGGAUCUGUUUCAUUUUUGGCACAGUGCUGACAGUCUUCACGGCUCUGGCAAUUGAAUGUCAAACCAAUACUGUGGAACUGUACUACAUGUCCCUGUCAUCGGUUGUGCUAUGUCUGUUAUCCAUGGUGUUCUUUGUUUUGAUGAUUCCAUUCUGGUUGAUCAACCAUUUCUUUCCCAAUGCUGUCCUGGAUCGCAAGGGUCGAACUGGUCUGUGCUACGAGCCCACCCAGUGUUGCUCCUGUCUCUGGCAUAUCUGAAGUGCCAGCAAUGAACAAGUCACAUCUCUCCGAAUACCACCAAGUCAUCAACUAACUUUAAAGGGUUCAUCCAGUGAAGUUCUGUUAGACCCUUUAUUGUGGGGCUCUGUGCUAUACCUCAGUGCAUGAAUAUUAUCUGACAUCCAUUUGGGGUUUAGUGUAUAAAAAGUACUUUUUCUUGAACAUUGAAAAUAUCCAUGGUUUGCUGGUCAACUGAAGGCUGUCUUGCCAUGAUGUCAGUCAUUUUACUUGAAUUGAUGCCUUGUUGGGGACCUUUCAGCUCCAGGCUUCUUUCUAAUCAGAGAGAUUUGAUUAUUGUCAAAGAGUAGAGUGUACAGGUAUAUUUUCUUAAAAUGUAGAUUUCACUUUACAUUAUCAUGAUUGGGUGCAGGUGUACAUAGUAAUGUGUGGCAUGAUAUGUGUUCCUGUACAUUUCUCAGUAAUUGUAACUGCCCGUGUAGUCACUGUUUUUCUUUCAGGUACAGCGAUGCACAUUUGUUGUGGAACCCUUGAGUCAAGUUGCUGCUGGCAGAUCUGUUCAGUACAAUGUUUGACCAACACGCACCACCUUACAUACCUAGUGUUAACUUGUGAACAAAAGAUGUCCAAACCAUACAGCAAGGGAAGACAUUCUGUGGAUUUACCCAUUUUCUCUGAAAAAGAAGAUUAGAGGCAUUUUGGGAUUAGGGUUAUAUUUCGUAUUAAAAAAGGAAGUACAGUCGAGGAAACAUGUUACAAAAAAAAAAAUCUGAAAU